AAAUAGUAAACCUGACAAAGCGUCUGAGAAACAGUGCGAAGACUGUCGGCGGAAGAGGAGAAGGAGACGUGAAAGACGCUCUUCACAGCGGAGGAACGCACGUUGAUGGAUUUUAUGACAUUCUGCCUUGGACAGCUAUCCUCUUUAAUAGUUUCAGCCUCGUCUCACGUCCAUAGUGGCUGCAAACUUUCUGUUUAGUUGACAAGUGCGCUGCUCCGGAGCUCUGGGCAUGGUUUGCGCCCUGGAAGAAACUUGGUGACGGGGAGGAAAGUUUUUUGGGGUGACAGCGAUAUGGUUUUCCGUACUGUUUUCGAAGGAUAAGAGGUGUAAACUCGGAUUUCUUUGCAUGGCACUGGACUACGCUGCCGUUCGGGUUUGGGAUAUAUCUUCUGAUCAGAGUCGAUGCCGGCUUAUUGUGGAAUAGUAAACUGAAAAAAAGGCAGCGCCUUGAUUUUUUUUUUUUUUUUUUAGCAUUGUGGUGUUGGAGACAUUCCUCCCUCUGGAUUCAGCUCAUGCUUUCUCCUCCCUUAUCUGUGCAUGCCAAAACACAGAUCUCCUCGAUUUUAUUUCUCCCUGCCCAGGUGAUUGGGUGAAUUCCAGUGAGUGACAGGCCGACCUGCAGCAGUUGAUGGUUGGGCGGACCCCCUCAGAUGGGAUCAGUGUCCAGGGGGAGGUGGAGAAGGGGGGUAUGGGGAGCGCCGUCCCCCACUAACGGGAUGGCCUCGUGGGCCUGGCUGCUGGCUGCCGUCCUACUGUCCCUUCUGACCGUCAGCGUGGCCCGGCCGCCCCUCACCGCCAUCAAGGAAGAGGAGGCCACUCUGGAACCUGAAGAGGCAUCGAACAAAUACCAAAUUUCUAAGCCCACGGUGUGCUCAGUGCACCCGGGGGAGGUGCUGAAGCUGAGCUGUCCUCUGCCGGCGACUGGGCCGAUCACCUGGACCAAAGAUGGCAGCUCUUUGGGCACCAACAACCGCACGCUGAUAAAACAGGAGGUGCUGCAGAUUCGUGAUGCCACGCCCAAGGAUUCAGGCCUGUAUGCCUGCACCAGCCUGGGCAAAGACACAGUCUGCUUCAUAGUCAAUGUUACAGAUGCCAUCUCUUCGGGGGAUGAUGAGGACGAUACAGAGCGAUCAGAGGACACUGGGGCAGAUGAAAUGCAGUCAAGUGCUCCAUAUUGGACCUCGUCGGCAAAGAUGGAGAAGAAGCUGCAUGCAGUGCCAGCUGCUAGCACAGUCAAGUUCCGCUGUGCUGCAGGAGGCAACCCCAAGCCCACACUGGACUGGCUUAAAAACGGCAGGCCUUUCCACCAAGGAGACCGCAUGGGAGGGUAUAAGGUGCGUCCCCAGCACUGGACCCUGAUCAUGGAGAGUGCAGUGCCGUCGGACAAGGGUAACUACACCUGUUUGGUGAAGAAUGACUUUGGAUCCAUCAACCACACCUACACCCUGGAUGUAGUGGAGCGGUCUCCUCACCGGCCUAUUCUUCAGGCUGGUCUUCCGGCCAAUACCACGGUACAUGUUGGUGAGGACGCACGCUUUGUCUGCAAAGUCUACAGCGAUGCCCAACCCCACAUCCAGUGGCUGAAACACAUCAUGCAAAAUGGCAGUCGGCUUGGCCCUGAUGGACACCCCUACGUCAGAGUGUUAAAGACCGCAGGUGUUAACAUCACAGAUAAGGAGAUAGAAGUUCUCUACUUGUCCAAUGUAACAUUUGAGGAUGCUGGGGAGUAUACGUGCUUGGUGGGUAAUUCUAUUGGGAUCUCCUAUCAAACUGCUACUUUGACGGUGCUACCAGCCAUUGAGAAAUCCCCAGACACUCUUUCCCCAGACUAUGCGGAGAUCGCAAUAUACUGUGCAGGCGUCUUCAUUAUCGCCUGCAUGGUGGGCAUCGUGGUGGUGUGCCGCAUGAGGAACACUGCAAAGAAGCCCGACUUUGGUGGCCAGCCAGCAGUCCACAAACUAACCAAACAGAUUCCUCUGCGCCGCCAGGUAACAGUGUCGGCAGAUUCAAGCUCUUCAAUGAACUCUAGCACGCCUCUGGUGCGAAUCACAACACGGCGGAGCUCUGCACACGAUGAGCCAAUCCCUGAGUAUGACCUUCCUGAGGAUCCUCGGUGGGAGUUUUCCAGAGACAGGUUGACCCUGGGCAAACCUCUAGGUGAAGGCUGCUUCGGCCAAGUUGUAAUGGCAGAGGCCCUGGGCAUUGAUAAGGACAAACCCAAGGAGGCCGUUACAGUUGCAGUCAAGAUGCUGAAAGAUGACGCCACUGAGAAAGACCUGUCUGACCUGGUGUCAGAAAUGGAAAUGAUGAAGAUGAUCGGCAAACAUAAGAACAUCAUUAACCUUUUGGGAGCCUGCACACAGGAUGGCCCUCUCUAUGUAAUAGUUGAGUACGCCUCCAAAGGAAACCUAAGGGAGUACCUCAGAGCCCGCCGGCCACCAGGCAUGGAAUACUCCUACGACAUCACCCGUGUUUCCGAUGAACAGCUCACUUUCAAAGAUCUGGUCUCCUGCACUUAUCAGGUGGCGCGAGGCAUGGAGUACCUAGCAUCACAGAAGUGUAUACACAGAGACCUGGCAGCCAGGAAUGUUUUGGUCACAGAGAGCAACUUCAUGAAGAUUGCUGACUUUGGGCUGGCCAGGGACGUCCACAACAUCGACUACUAUAAAAAGACGACCAAUGGUCGUCUCCCGGUAAAAUGGAUGGCUCCAGAGGCACUAUUUGACCGGGUCUACACACACCAGAGUGAUGUCUGGUCAUUUGGGGUGCUGAUGUGGGAGAUCUUCACUCUAGGGGGCUCGCCCUACCCUGGCAUUCCAGUUGAAGAGCUCUUCAAGUUGCUAAAAGAGGGCCACCGCAUGGAUAAGCCUGGCAACUGCACCAACGAGCUAUACAUGAUGAUGAAAGACUGCUGGCAUGCCAUUUCAUCUCAGAGACCCACCUUUAAGCAGCUAGUAGAGGAUCUGGAUCGAAUCCUCACCCUGAGCACCAACGAGGAGUAUCUGGACCUGUGUGCCCCCACAGAGCAGUAUUCCCCCAGCUUCCCCGACACUCGCAGCUCCUGCUCCUCCGGUGACGACUCUGUGUUUUCCCAUGACCCCUUACCAGAUGAGCCCUGCCUCCCCAAGUACCAGCCCAUCAACGGGAAUGCCAAAAGAUGAGCUGUCAGCCACCUUCUUUUCUCAACCUCAGCAUCCCCAAACACCUUCUCUGGAAUCCUCCCUGCCCCCACUCCUCUCUAUGGGUCCCAGUGGACUAACGGGCCCAGAUGGGACUGGACCGGUGGCAGUGCUGCUGUUACACACUCACACUGCCAUGCACUCACAUAACACACACACGCAACAUGCUCAUGUGUGGUCUUAAAGGAGAGGACAGGGACCUUACAGAAGCUAUUUUGUACUGACUGAAUGAGAAGACAUUCCCAGGGCAUGCUCCUCCUCCUCCUCUUCUUCCUUUCUCAUAUAAACACACAACUUUCUCAUUUUGGUUCUCAUCUUUGUGCCCAGAGGCUCAACGACGUUGCUUGCUUGAUGAUCCAGUUGCAGUGGCUGGGAUUCCAAGACUGUUGUUUGCUUCUAGAAGAAUGUAUGGACUGAUGUGAACUUAAAUAAGGAAAAAGAAAAAAAAGAAACAAGGGACUAGAAAAGGAAAACAAAUAGGAAAUGGACUGACAGAGCUUUGACUAACAUAACAGAAAUAGGAGGAGAGUGAAUAUAAAAAUGUCUCUUCUGUUUAUUCUGUAAUAUUGAUGCAUUUCUUUUUCAGUUCUCUAGAUAAACCUCCCUGAUUAUUCUGGAGAAAGAAUCCACAGUAUAAUGUAUAGUGCUGGGUAUAUUUGUAAAUAUAUUCAAAUAUGUAUAAAAAUAUAUUAUAUAUUUACAGUGAACUAUUUUUUGUAUGGACUUGGAAAUAACUUCCCUCCCCGUUGUCCCACCCUGCUCUCAGUUUGAAGCAGGUUUGCUAACAGAUUAUGUGUCCUAUAUUUCUCCUCACACAUGCACACACAAACACUCUUCUUUCUCUCUUUCAGUAACAAAGAUGAGUAUUGGCUUUCAGGGACUGAGGUAGCAUGUUAAUUUAUUGACUCAUGUAUUUUGAAAUGAGUCCAAAAGGAUUAAAAACAACAUGGCGGAAACAAUGACAUUAAUGAUGCUCAUAAUAUGGAAAUAAUCCAUUAAAUGUACGGUAAUUUAAAAUGAUCUUUCAGCAGUAACAAAAACAAAUAUUUUUAGAGGGUUUUUACAGAUUCAGGUUUUGUAAGUUUUAUAUAUGAAUGUGAAUAUUAAGUUAAAUUGAAAAAGAAAUGUACAUUUUAUAGUCAUCUAAUCCCUUUCUUAUGUAGAUGUUGAUGCCAUUUCUAUCCAGUCUUUCUUAGCUACACUUUAUAAAAUGAGAUCAUUUCUUGAUAUUUAUAUAUAACUGAAAGUCAUAAGAAUUUGGAAAUACCUACUAGCAGUCCGCGUCCUCAUUUAGACUAAAUAUAGACUCAAAAUUCACAUGACAGAGUUGAAAUCCGA